AUAUAUAGGCUAUGGGUCGUCUGGAACCGUCGCACGGCUAUCGUGCUCUUCCCGCUAUGCACGCUCGCGGGACUCACAGCAUGCGGAAUCGGCAUAACCUUCCAGUCCACUCAAUACUGGCCCGGGGAGAACGUAUUUGUGUCCCAAGCCGGUUGUUGGAUCAUUAGUGACUGCGUAUUCACACUU